GCGCACGCUUGUCGGAAUUUGGCGUGGAAUAGGGUAGUCGGCCAUUUUGUUUGACUGACUAAUCAAAAGGAUUAUUUUGGGAUUUAUUUACACACUUUUGAUCCUCAGUAGGGAUCUGUGUUGUACAAAAAAACAUUUAUAAACAAUGGAAAUCUGCAAAUAUUACAAUUAAAUGUGGAAACCAUGUCCGAGUGACAAGAAAAAUUGCUGUUUCCACACAGUCAAGGGCACCGUUUCGGCACCCGUUGCUGUAUGAAUGCACGGUUAUACACGAAAAUACCUAUUCUUUUUGACAUUUACAAUAACAUUAAGCUUUAAUUUUUAUCAGGAUACAGUCAAAGUUACAUAGUGCAAUUAAUAAAUGUCAUCUAUGAUACUACGAAAAGUACGGAAUCAGCUGAUUACUUAGACCCAUCGAUCGAUUAGAAACCAUAAUUUAUUCAACAUGUCGACACGAACGCCUUUGCAGACCGUUCAUGAGUCGGUGACAAUUGAUCAUAGGCAAACCGACGACAACGCAAAUCCCCGGAUAACGUCGUCCAGGGCAAGGUCUGAUGAGCCACACAUAGGGAAAUAUCGUCUUAUAAAAACAAUUGGAAAGGGAAAUUUUGCAAAAGUGAAGCUAGCAAAGCAUGUGCCAACAGGGAGAGAGGUUGCUAUAAAGAUAAUUGAUAAAACUCAGUUGAACCCAUCAAGUUUACAGAAGUUAUUCCGUGAAGUCAGAAUCAUGAAGAUGUUGGAUCAUCCGAAUAUAGUAAAGUUAUUUGAAGUGAUACAAACAGAGAAGACAUUAUAUUUAGUUAUGGAAUAUGCAAGCGGGGGGGAAGUAUUUGACUACUUAGUAGCACAUGGAAGAAUGAAAGAAAAAGAAGCAAGGGCCAAAUUUAGACAAAUUGUUUCUGCAGUUCAGUAUUGUCAUCAAAAGCAUAUAGUUCACAGAGAUUUAAAGGCUGAAAAUUUAUUAUUAGAUGGUGAUAUGAAUAUAAAAAUAGCAGAUUUUGGUUUUAGUAAUGAAUUUGUACCUGGUAAUAAAUUAGACACAUUCUGUGGAAGUCCUCCAUAUGCUGCACCAGAAUUAUUUCAGGGAAAGAAAUAUGAUGGUCCAGAAGUAGAUGUGUGGAGUUUAGGUGUAAUAUUAUAUACACUUGUCAGUGGGUCAUUACCAUUUGAUGGCCAAAAUUUAAAGGAAUUACGAGAACGGGUUUUACGGGGGAAGUACAGAAUACCUUUUUAUAUGUCAACAGAUUGUGAAAAUUUGUUGAAAAAGUUUUUAGUAUUAAAUCCUACAAAAAGAGCAAGUUUAGAGAACAUUAUGCGAGACAAGUGGAUGAAUGUAGGUUUUGAAGAUGAUGAACUUUUACCUUAUGUUGAACCCCCAGCAGAUCAGUUAGAUCCCAUCCGGAUAGAACUUAUGGUCAAUAUGGGAUAUAGUAGGAAAGAUAUAGAAGAUACAAUUACACAUCAAAAGUAUGACGAUAUACAAGCUACAUAUCUACUAUUAGGGCGAAGGACAUUAGAAUUGGAAGGAAGUGAUCGGUCAGGUAGCAGUCAAUCAUUACGGAAUUUACCAUUAUCUUCAUCAAAUCGUCCACAUAGUGAAAACACCGCCAACAAUAACCAGUCUCCAAAUAAAGUCACAAGAAGUCAGUCAGCAACGAGUAGUGGUAGUAGUCAGGGCCGCAGGCGGUAUAGCCAUGGUGGUGAUAAGGGUAGGUCACAGGGUAACUCUGGCUCAUCUAAUUCACAGUCCACUACUUCUCAUUCUACCCGACGUCAAAAUACAACAAUCGACACAUCAACUACAAAGGAAAACAUGUUGACAACGGGAAGAAAAACACCAGGAUCUGUUGAAUCCCCAAAGAAGAGUCCUUUCAUCAGAGACAGUAUCAAAGAUCAUAAUAAGAUAAGUUCAUCAACACCUGCCAGAGCAACCAUGCCGAAAAAAUUAAGUUCAGCUCCAUCAUCCACACCAAAAAAUAAUACGGUACAAAGCAGUAUUCCACGAAGAUCAGCGGCAGGACGAAGUGAAACAUUUAGUCCAGGAGAUUCCCGUAUAACAACUCCAAAUGAAAAGCCAAGUAGAACAACAAAUGGUCAACAUGAUCUCAGGGGCUCAAUGACCAACUCUACAGAUAGUGCUACAUCUGAUGUUCCUUCAGUCAGACCAAAAGGUCAUGGACAUGUCAAGUCUGCCAGUUUAAGCCAGUCUCAGACAUCUAGAGUUACAGACUUACCUCCCUUGUCAGACAGUGAAAACUAUCGGCCAACAACUGCACCAGGAAAAACAUCACAAUUACCUGUGUCUCCGGCAUCUACAAAGAGUUCUUUAUUGUACCGAAACACUGCAAGUAGAAACACAUUCCAUGGUGGACCCAUACGGGACAGACGGCAACAAAGACAAAUCAAUGGUCCCGAUGGGGUCCCUUCACGUACUCAGGAUGAAUCAUCCAUGAAUACUAACAGACAGUCUUUUUUCAAUAAAAUUAGUCAAAAAUUUAGUCGCAGUGCUAUGGAAAAAAGGACUAACUCAAAUGAUUUUAACAAAUUGUUCCGCAGGUCUGUCAAUGAGAAUCGAGAAUCUGAUAUACUGAAGCCGAGGUCCUUGAGGUUCACUUGGAGUAUGAAGACCACUAGUUCUAUGGACCCAAAUGAUAUGAUGAAAGAAAUAAGAAAAGUUUUAGAUGCUAACAACUGUGAUUAUGAACAAAGAGAAAAAUAUUUACUUUUAUGCGUCCAUGGGGACCCUAAUACAGACAGUUUAGUGCAAUGGGAAAUGGAAGUGUGCAAAUUACCAAGACUUUCACUUAAUGGUGUACGCUUUAAAAGAAUUUCAGGAACUUCAAUAGGAUUCAAGAACAUUGCUUCCAAAAUAGCCAAUGAAUUGAAACUUUGAUGAGAGUGUAUGAUUUUAGAGUAUAAAAGUUGCCAGAAUGCAAUCCUGGUUAUGACUAAUUUUAUUAUCACUGACAUGUGAUUUUGGUAAUAUUGCUGCUCAAACAGAAACCUUAUCCUACAGAAACUUUAAGAAUAUUUUAUGGUGUUUUGUCUUUCAUUAAUAAGGAUAUUCUAAAAAUAUUUUUGAAGCCAGCCAGAAUAUUGAUAAAGUAUAUAUGGUUACAUUAUCUAUCAUUAUUGCAAUGUAAUUACUUUCACUGGAUCUUUAUUUUUAUCCAAUAUAAAAUGGAGAGUGGAAAUACUGAGAAAUACAUUUUGAUGAAGGUUUCAACAUAUUAAAAAUUUCUUAGGAUUUAAACAAAUAAGGGUUUUAAUUAUUAAAUUUUACAGUUUUUGUGGAUGGGAAGAAUGUUUAGUCAAUGUCAAAUUUGUACCUUGAACAGUACCGUAUGGAUUUUGGUCAAUAAGCAAAAUUUUAAUGCACACAAGAAAAUUAUCCUUAUAAGUCUGAUUUUGGCAAUACAGUGGUGGCUUAUGCUACAAUAAGCAUAAGAGGAAAUUCUUUUGAGCAGCAAUAUGAACUACUGUGCUAUAUUUAACUGUGAUCUAAGGGUUCAAAACAUAUAUCAUUUAACAUUAAACUAUUGUAUCACAUUUUUUAUACAUGUACAAAUUGUAAAAUAGUAAUGUAUUGCCCUCUAGAGACUUAGUUUCUCAAGGGUAAUCAAAUGUACAAAUGUACUUUAUAUAUAGAUAAUGUACUAUACUAAGAAGUUUUUGUGUUUUAGAACAUCUUUCUUUGAUGUGGUGAAUGAUAAUGUGUAUGAUCAGUGAUGUAAAAGUUUAUUAGAAAUCUUGCUUCCACUAUCAUUAUUUAGUUCCAGGGACAAUUUAUCACAAUGUGAGUCAAUUGUUAUGCAUCUCCUUUUAUAAGGCAAAAAAUAGAUCAAAGUAAUUAGUGAAUGAUUUUACUAUGGAAAGAUCAACAUAAUACUCAAAAUAAAAUGGAAAUAGUGAUUUUAUGAAGGCUGUGAUUUCAUGUUGUAAACACUUUAAAAAAGUAAUCACAUUUAUCAGUCUAUUGUUUGUGGUCUUGAGAUGGCUCUGUAUUGAAGGAACAAACUUUGAAUCACUUGACUUGAUCGUUUCAAAUUGAAUAAGCGAUAAUGACAAUAAUUGAAUGCAGAUUACUUCACAUAUUUUUGAUGUUUUCAUUGUAUUUCAAAAUUUGUCAUAAAAGUGACACAAAAAUUAAUGGGCUUUUAAAAUGUUUUCCAGGAAUUCUUUGUUAAGAGUAAGAGAACAGCAAAAAUAUCUGAAUUCACAGCUUCUUUUCUCCAAAUAAAUUGUGUAAGCACAUUUGAUUCUUGUGGAUUUUCGUUACAUAAUUUUUUCGAAAGUAGUGUUCCAGUAUAAGGUGCUGUGUACAUUUCAGAAUUUUAUUUUUAUAGAGCUGAUCACAUGGUGUGUUUGGUGCUUUAUAGAAAAGAUAAAUUUAGGGCUCAUCUUCACCAAUCUAGAAGCAUUACAAAAGAUUUCUUUACAUGUAGAUAAUAAACUAGAUAUCAUCAGAAGGAAACAACUAUUAAAUGUAGAAACACAAGGCUUUGAUAGAUACUAAACAUUAUAUUAUUUAAAUGGUGAGAUAAGAGGAGUUUGUUUAUUUGUUCCACAAGAUGCAAAGUAUUAUAGUAUUAUUAUAUUUAUUUUUUUCUAUUUGAAGAAUCAUGAUAUGGAAAUUAAUAAGGAAUACUAUCAUACAGUCAAGGUUUUAUGUCAGAGUCCUUAUUUAAAUUUUACUAAAGAAUUGAAAUGAUAACUAUGUUGUCUUUAUAUACAGAAAUAAUGGUGUUUAAUCUUUGUGAUACAUAGAUAUUUUGCAAUGGUUUUUGAAAAUGACCAUUAAAACUUGUUUCUGCCCGUUUGUUUAUGGUUAUACGGGCAAGAUAACACGAAAGAAAUUCAUUUCCGAACAAUAAGAGUUUGUCCUUUGUUAUAUUUUGGCUACCAAUAGCAUAUAGUGAGUCCAUAACCGGAAUAACUUGGACUGUAUAAGGCAUUGUUGAUUGAUUACAGUCUUUCAUAAUAAGUGGACAUAUUAAAUUUUUGUACUGUCUCUUUGUAUCCUAUCUUUACUAUUGUAAAUAUCCACAUUUGUGUUUCCAAUUGUAUAAAUAUUGUAUAUUUCUCAGAUAGUUAUAUUUAAAAAAAGAUUGUGUACAUGUUUAAAGAUUUAUUUACAAAAGAUGGUUAUGAAUGAGAUGAGAGUAUGAGUGUAGGAGACAUUUUUUAAAAGUCAGGGUUUUGUGUUGUCUGUAAGAUGGGAAAACAAAACUUGGAAUAUCACCUCAUGGUGGGAAAAUCAAAUAGUGAAUAUUAUAUGCAAUGUAUGAAUCAGCUGCACCAGUGUGGCUUUUGUGCAAGCCACAAUGUUAAGCAUAAUUUAUUAUUUAUCUGAACAAGCAGUUCUUUUUUUAAUCUUCAUUAAUAAAUAUUUAUAGUUUAGUUUUUGUGAAAAAGUUUUAAAUCUUUUGUACUAUUUUAUCAGCACAGGUGGCAAACUAUUUUUAAUUAAGUUCAUUCUGUUUUGGGUUGAGGGAAGGGGGGAUACAAUGACUUGCAAUUUUUUUUCUCCAGCGGACAAAAUCUUUGUUUUUUUUCCUGAACAGUUCAGUUCAACUAGUAAUUAGUUUUUGUUCAAAAUUUUGACAUUAAAAAAAUAGAAAAUUAAUCAUAUGCAAUAAUUGAAUAUAUAAGUUAUUGAAAAUACUUUCAAUAAAGAAAGGUCCUUGUUUUAAGUUAAAAGAGGGAAUGACUUUUUUUCUGUCAUACAAUAAUGUAGAUGAGCUUCCUGACCUUUCUCUUAUCAUUGCACUUCAUGUUCAAUUCUGGAAAAUGAUUGGGAUAAGGGGAAAACAUAGAUAUUCAAUUGUACGUGUAUACUAAAAUAGUAACUGUAAUCUAAUUAGGGCUGUUCCAGAAAAAUCUUUCUGUGGGCUAUUGAAGCACUUACAUAUUUUAUUAUCAACAAUGGUUAGCUGUAGACCAUAUUUUAGCAUUAAGUAUUAAAAAAAUCGUAGUACAGUAGGGCAUCAUGAAUAGUGACUUCAAACACUUCUGUAUGUAUUUUUUUCUUGAACAGCCCUACAGUAAGUUUUGAAAAAUCUCUAGGUAAGAAACCAAAUCAAUUUUUUUUAAGUGAGCAAUGAUAAAAAGAUGUAAUGUAUUACAAAAUAUAACUUAAGUAACAUUAUUUUGUUUGAUUCCUUUUAGGCCACUCGAAAGAUAAUUACUAAAAUGAUUAUUUAAAGAUCAUAUAACAUAACAUUAAAAUUUUUCCUAUGAUGUCAUUCUUUCAUUCAUGCUGAUAAUAAUUUGCUGUAUUUAUUUCCCUGUUCGAUAUCAGUGUAGGAAAAUUUGGUGUUAAAAUUUUAUUUGUGAAACUGUCGGUCACAUUUAAAUAUCAAUGAAGUGCUGUAAUAGAAUUAUUUUAAACUGAUCAGGUGAAUUUUCUUUAAUGUUUUCUUUGUGUUUUAAAAGAAGCCUGUAUUUUAAUAUAAAAUUGUCUACUGUGGUAAAAUAUUUUAAAUUGUGCUUAUAUUUGAAUAAACAAUGCCAUGUCUCUGUUCUUAGUGAGAUGUUUAUUUCAAUUUUAUGGUUCUUCUGUUUAUCAAGCACAUUAUUGAAAAAAAGAUCAUGAAAUUCAGCACUGAUAUUUAGUGGGGAUCUGACUAGUUACAUAAUUGAAAAGUUCUGAAAAAGAUAAAGUAUCGAUAAAAGAAUAUUCAUUAGAUGCAAUAAAAUUAUCAAAAGUGAUUUCUGAUUAAUUAUUUUUCUAGUGGUCUGUAUAUAGGCAUUCAAAUCUGUAUUAUCCAAAUUUUUGUUUAAAACCCAAGAACUUUUAUUUUACUUGAGAAAAAUAAUUUUUGUUUUUGGUAUUUAUUUGGUCCAUAAUUGGCUUGGGUUAAGAUGACUAUGAAGGUUCCGUGUGAGGUAUACCAGUGUGUUUAAAUGUUAAGAUUGUUUAAAGUAAGGUAGGCCACAGUUGGCAACAAAGAAGAUGUGAUACAAAUUAUGCCAGUCAUUGUUUUGCUUUAAAAGUUGAAUUUUGACAUCUAUUUUGUUCACCUAAAAAACUGGAAACAAUAAAAUGAAAAGUUACAUCUUCAAAAUAAGGUUCCUAAUGGAAAAUUUAUAUAUAUAUAUAUUGGCCUCAUCUUAUUCGUGAAUAUUUAUUUAUUUUAUAACGGAUUGAUAUACUAAUUUAAAAACUGAAAGAACAUUAUUUAUUAUUUCAUAUUUACUUUUAUUUUAGAAAAUAUUCAAAAGUAGACAGUUGUCUUGGUGAACAGAAUAAAUGUGCAAAACUGUUUUUCUUAUUUUAUUGUCAUACUGGAGUUGUUACUUUUGUUUUUUUAAUUGCAACAGCACCACAGAUGCUUUAUGUAUUUAUCAAGUAGAAAAUUAAUAACUCUUUUGUUGAUGUCUUUAAAAUCAUUUUCUUAUGUUUUUUUUAAAGUCUGGAUGUAUGACUUCAUUGGUAACAAUUUCAGCAUGAUGACCUAAGCAUUAAAUAAUUGUUUGGUGGAGCCUAUGUUUUGUUGCACUUUAUAAAUCACUACAGAUCUCACCAUGAGACCAUCAUUAACCUACAGAAUAAUGUGACAUUAAUGAGAAAAUAAAAACUCAUUUUAAAAUA